UGUCAAUCGAUGCCUUCUGCCAAGCGCCAGAAGGUCGAGGCGGAGCCGCCUGUCGUCGCCGAAUACGAGAUCCGUGAUGGCUACCGCUACGUGAAGCCAUACGUCUUCAAGUUCAUGGCGCACGCCAAGCAGCGCUGGUUCAAUCGCACGCUCAUGGACGUCUUCACGACCGAGUUUGGCGCCUUCUCGCCCAGCUAUUACGUCAUGGCCAUCGAGUCGGGUCGUAUCACGCUCAACGGCGCGCGCACGACGCCAGAGACGGUUCUCAAGAACGGCGACCUCCUCUGUCACAUGACGCACCGCCACGAGCCGCCUGUCGUUGGCGACGACAUUCCUGUCGUCUACGAGACCCCCGACCUCGUUGUCGUCUCCAAGCCAUCAACAGUGCCGACGCACCCGUGCGGCGCCUACCGCCACAACUCGCUGCAUUUCAUUGUGUUGGCGAGUCGUCCCGACUUGACCGCGCUGCACAUCGUGCACCGCUUGGAUCGCUUGACGUCGGGCGUCGUGAUUCUGGCCAAGACGACGGCCAAGGCUCGCGAGCUCUCCAAAUGCAUUGCGGACCGCACGGCGUCGAAAGCCUACUUGGCGCGCGUCCGAGGUGUGUACCCCGAGACCCUUUCGGCCGAGUGGCUCGCCUCCGCGUCGGCGACAGCGGCAGCGACGACGCCACUCGCCGUGCUUACUAUGGACUCGCCUACGCAGCUGCGUAUCCAGUGCCCGCUCGCAUGCAAGUCGCACAAGGACGGCGUGUGGGGCUGCGCGGUGCCUGGUGAAGACGCCAAGGAGGCCGAGACGGUCGUCGAGUUUCGCUGCGCCAUGGACGAUGGCACGAGCGUCGUCUACGUCAAGCCGGUGACGGGCCGCACGCACCAAAUUCGACUCCACCUGCAGCUCCUCGGUUUGCCGAUCGCCAACGACCCGUGCUAUGGCGGUCAACUGCAUUUCGGCCGGACCGACCUCCAUGUGACCGAGGACGACAAUAUUGUCAUCGCGAAGGACAAGGACGACGAUACGGCGUGCUUUGCGCCGCGCGAGGACGGCGAGUCGGACGAUGCGUUCAUGCAGCGCACGUGCAGUCGGUGCCAGACCGUGCAAGUCAACCGCAACCAUUUGCAUUGUGCGUGUAUCUGGCUCCACGCGCUCGAGUACAAGCUCGCGGGCGACACGUUCUCAGUGCCACCGCCGGCGUGGGCCACGCCAAAGAGCUCGUCCAGCAGCGCCUUGUAGUGGACCACCGAUCCAGAAUGCGGAAAGAGGUCGCUCGCA